AUGGGCGAGUCACCUGAUGCCUUUUCCUACGAGAACAUUGGUAUCAGGCCAACUGUUUUAUCCUCUUCCUUAACACGCUGUAAACACCUAAAUUGUCUGUCACAUCUGACACCAACUCCACACCUACUCCACACCUACUCCACACCUACUCCACACCUACUCCACACCUACUCCACACCUACUCCACACCUACUCCACACCAACUCCACACCAACUCCACACCUACUCCACACCUACUCCACACCUACUCCACACCAACUCCACACCAACUCCACACCUACUCCACACCUACUCCACACCAACUCCACACCUACUCCACACCUACUCCACACCAACUCCACACCAACUCCACACCUACUCCACACCUACUCCACACCUACUCCACACCAACUCCACACCUACUCCACACCAACUCCACACCAACUCCACACCUACUCCACACCUACUCCACACCUACUCCACACCUACUCCACACCUACUCCACACCAACUCCACACCUACUCCACACCAACUCCACACCUACUCCACACCUACUCCACACCAACUCCACACCAACUCCACACCUACUCCACACCAACUCCACACCAACUCCACACCUACUCCACACCAACUCCACACCAACUCCACACCUACUCCACACCUACUCCACACCAACUCCACACCUACUCCACACCUACUCCACACCAACUCCACACCAACUCCACACCUACUCCACACCAACUCCACACCAACUCCACACCAACUCCACACCUACUCCACACCUACUCCACACCUACUCCACACCAACUCCACACCAACUCCACACCUACUCCACACCUACUCCACACCAACUCCACACCUACUCCACACCAACUCCACACCUACUCCACACCUACUCCACACCAACUCCACACCUACUCCACACCUACUCCACACCUACUCCACACCUACUCCACACCUACUCCACACCAACUCCACACCUACUCCACACCUACUCCACACCAACUCCACACCAACUCCACACCAACUCCACACCUACUCCACACCAACUCCACACCUACUCCACACCUACUCCACACCAACUCCACACCUACUCCACACCAACUCCACACCUACUCCACACCAACUCCACACCAACUCCACACCUACUCCACACCAACUCCACACCUACUCCACACCAACUCCACACCUACUCCACACCUACUCCACACCAACUCCACACCAACUCCACACCUACUCCACACCUACUCCACACCUACUCCACACCUACUCCACACCAACUCCACACCUACUCCACACCUACUCCACACCAACUCCACACCUACUCCACACCUACUCCACACCAACUCCACACCAACUCCACACCUACUCCACACCAACUCCACACCAACUCCACACCUACUCCACACCUACUCCACACCUACUCCACACCUACUCCACACCUACUCCACACCUACGCUAGUUCCAGCCCAACAAUACAGUCUUGACCGCUUCCCGUCUCUUCUGAUUUCUUUGUUUUCUGAACUAUUUAUGUCGGUGAGGGAUUCGCCUCCUGCUGUGUGCACCUGA